AUGCCGCCGCUCCGCAGGCCAGCGGCCAAGCCGUCACGGCCUUCGCCCGCAUCAGGGGGUUCCGCCGACGAGCCCAGUCCGAAUCGCCGCCAGCGUCCUCUCGACUCCGAUGCGACGUCCGCCUCUGCUCCCUCCGCGACCUCCACCGCCGCGUCUUCGUCGACCGGCACGACGACGGCUCGAAGCUCCAACGCCUCGACACCUUCGCUGCCGGGCGUGCUGGUGGUGCCGUCGCUGGCCACUUCGGUCGCCGCCUCUUCAACCCGUGCUACGAGCGAUGCAGAGAACAGGCCGGGCGUCAAGCAUAAGCGCACCCUCCGCGCCUGCGAACGCUGCAGGAUGCGCAAGCAGCGCUGCGACAGCGACCACCCGCCGUGUCCGAGCUGUCUCAAGGGAGGCCACGAGUGCAUCUACUCUGGCGGAUCCGGCAUCGACCCCAAGCGAUUAGAGGAUCUCGAGAGGAACAAUGUCAAGCUCAGGGAGGAGAACGAGGCGCUCAAGAGGGAGAACGAGGGGCUCAGAGGAGCUCGCACGGAUGAGGGCGCAGCGCACCCGAGGGACAAUGCCUUGCCGCCCGCAAUCCUGUCAUCGGUGUCUGGCAUGCUGUCGAGUAUCCCGGUCGCACCUGUGUCGCCCUCCGAGCUCUGCAGCGGCGCCGCGUCCAGGCUUUCCAUCGACGAACUCCUAACGAGAUUCGACCGCUCGAGGGCCCAGGGCCGCGGCAUCACCUCUACCAUCAUCGACAUCCCUGCAGGUGGAAACGACUCCGUCGAAUACGACCAAGUUGCAAGGGGCGAUACCAGGCUAGGGCUGGUUGCCAUGACUCGCCUACGCUCCAUCUCGCUCCACGUCAUCUCCGCCGCCGACUCCAGCUGCAUCGACUCGAGCAAGAGAGAAGUAGGACUUGCUGCUGCCACGACAGUAGCCGAGCCGGGCCUGGCAGGCGCUGACCUCGACGGUACGCUCUACGGGACGUCGCAUCGCGUCGCUGCGUCGGCCGCUCAAGAGGCCGCCCUGCUGCGCCGCGCCGUCGGAUACCUCGCCUGUCGCACGCCUUUCCUACCGAAUCUGUCGGUGAUCGAGUCUUGGCAUCGCCAUUUCCACAGCCGCGCCCUUCAACCUGCGGUAGGCGGCCAGCAGAGACCGGCAAGCGAGUCGCAUCGGGCGGAGGAAGUGGUACCGGCCGCGGACCUCGACGUGUGGCACGAAAUCAUCCUGGCGUGCCUCUGCUUUCUCGGAGCAGUGCUGGAUCGUUGCGCCUCGCCAGAGCGCGUCGAGUACGCAAAGGUGAGCGAGACCAGGUAG